AUGGCUGCGCUGUUGGUACUUCUUCUCCCCACGCUGCUACUGUCCCGGCACACCCCUGUUCGAGCCUCUCCGUCCUGCCCCGUGGGCUGUCGCUGCUACAGUCUCACAGUGGAGUGUGGCUCCACUGGCCUGAGAGACGUCCCCAAACACAUCCCUCCAUCCACACAGACCAUCUUCCUCCAGGAUAAUGUGAUCGGUCAGAUCCGUCGUCAGGACCUCACACUGUUGAAGCACUUGCACUACUUGUACCUACAGAAUAACACCAUCUCAGCAGUGGAGCCUGGCUCUUUCCAGAAUCAGGGUCAGUUAUUGGAGCUGGCACUGAAUGGAAACCAUAUCCACCUGGUGACAGCUGACAUGUUUCAGGGACUCGAACAUCUCCGCAUUCUGUACCUGGCAGGAAAUGACAUCACACGCCUUCUGGACUACACCUUCCGUGGCUUGCAGCGUCUGCAGGAGCUCCAUUUACAGCACAACAGCAUAGAAAUGUUAGCAGACCAGGCUCUAGUUGGUUUGACAUCUCUGGCUCUGCUGGACCUGAGCAGAAAUAAUCUCCACACCAUCGGCCCUGCGUCGCUGCGACCUCUGGUCAGCCUGCAGGUGUUGCGCAUCACAGACAACCCAUGGCGCUGUGACUGCGCUCUUCACUGGCUGAGGAGCUGGAUUGAUGAGGAAGGUCAGCGGCUGCUCAGCUCUGCAGAACGUCGGCUGGUCUGCACUGAGCCCCCACGCCUCUCCCACCUCAGCUUGGUGGAGGUGCCUCUCAACAGCCUGGUGUGUAUUCCUCCACUCGUGCAGCUGGAGCCUAGGAGGCUAGCUGUGCGCCUGGGAGAGAGUCUCAGAGUGUCCUGCCAUGCCUCUGGUUACCCUCGGCCACAGGUGACCUGGAGGAAAGCAUCCCAGGGUAAAGUAGUACUCUCUCCCAGAGGCCUGGUUCAGGAGUUGGGUGCUGGAGGAGGUGGAGUGGGAGGAGCAGAGGAGCCUUCAGAGGAAGGCAGAGUCAGUCUGCAGAAGACUGAUGGCGAGCGCUUUGACCCAGACACUGGCAGCGGCAUGUUGUUUCUCAGUAAUGUGACUGUGGCUCACGCAGGCUUCUAUGAAUGUGAAGCCUGGAAUGCAGGAGGUGUGGCCAGAGUGACCUUUCAGCUGGCCAUUAACUCAUCCACAUCUUCCUCCUCCUCCUCCUCUUCCAUCUGGGCUUCAUGGUCCCAGGUGUCCUCACCGUACUCCCCUGCCUGGCCCCGGCUGAGGACCCACGGUCCUGCUUUGGGCUCAGAUGUGAGCCGGGAGCCCCUGUAUGCUCUGGGCAGCAUGGCCUUCAGUGCUUUGGGAGCUGCCACUCAGACUGCCAUUGCUGUGGGAAUCUCCCUGCUGGCUUUGACCGCUCUGCUCCUCGUCGCCAUGAUCUACAGCCGACAUCACCAACGCGACAAGGAGGCUGAUGGUGCUGAAAAGGAGGAGAGCAUCCUGUAUGUGAAUGACUACUCUGAUGGUCCCACCACCUUUGCCCAGCUGGAGGAGUACCGUGACGAGCGUGGCCAUGAAAUGUAUGUCCUCAACAGGGCCAAGCCUGUGCUUCCUCCGGCUCCACCGACAGCUGUUUCCACCACUAACCUUGGUUGCCCUGCAACGUCUGACACCUCGAGCCACACACUCUCCUCGGGACUGGGCCAGACCAUGAGUCCCACUCUGGCCCCCAACAAACAGCAGCAGCAACAACAGGACGGUGACACACGGACCAUGAGGAGAAUUGCGGGGGAAGGAGGGGAGGCAGAGCCUGUGAUCACAUCAGAGGCUGAAGGGAUGUUUCUUAAUCACACAGGCCUGUUCAUGGACUCUCAGAUCGCCUAUGAGAUCCACUGCUGA